CGAGGUGGGGUCGCGGCCGAGCGGUGUGUGGUGAAUCGAGACAGCGUGACCGCGACCUGACUGCUCCGCAGAGCCAUCGGCCACCCCCGCCAGCCGCGGAGGGAGCGCCCCCGCGUGUGACGAUGGCCGCCGCCAUGUCGGCCGGCGCGCAGCACUACUGCUUGCGCUGGAACAACUACCAGUCGAACCUGACGUCCGUGUUCGACCAGCUGCUGCAGAGCGAGUCGUUCGUGGACGUAACGCUGGCGGUGGCUGGCCGCUCGCUGCGAGCGCACAAGGUGAUCCUCAGCGCGAGCUCGCCGUACUUCCAGUCGCUGCUGCACGACAAUCCCUGCCAGCACCCCAUCAUCGUCAUUGAUGAGGUGGCGUUCGCCGAUAUGCAGGCCGUCGUGCAGUUCAUGUAUAAGGGCGAGAUCAACGUGGCCGAGCAGCAACUGCCCAGCUUGCUGAAGGUGGCCGAGACACUCAAGAUCCGUGGUCUGGCCGACGUGCCGGACGGCCAGGCGCUGGCGCGUCGCGCCACGCCGGACGCCGGCGCCCCGCCGCCCCAGAAGCGGCGCCGGCCCUCGGGCGACGUGGCGCCGUCGCCGCCCGGCCUGGGUGGGCGACUGCUGGGCUGGCAGGAGGAGGACGCGGUCUGA